UUCGUAAGUGCUGAAUGAUGGAUUCAAAAACAUUCAAUUUUAUUGCUUUCGCCGUCAUAUUGAUAUCAAUAACUAACUUAUAUUCUAAUAAUAACGUGAAAAUAGAAAAUAACGAAAAAACGAAUGCUGAAAGAAGCACAAGCAAAGGAAAAGUUUUUUGUCUUUAUAAAACAGACAACAACACAAACCGUUUUGAAUCGAUUGGAAAUGUUAUCAGAAAACUAGGAUAUCAAGAGGUGCCAUUGCCCCCACAUGACCUACAUUAUGAUUGGGAUUUCAUUUGGAGCUUCUCAGGCCUGAAUACUUUAAAAUUAAAUUAUUCAAACUUAAAGGAUCAUCAGAAAAUUAAUCACAUUCCUGGAAUCAUAUUUCUGAUUCAAAAGGCAAAUCUGGCAUCUAAUACAAAUUCUAAAUAUGUACCAAAAGGAUUUGAAAAUGAAUUAUCCAUGCAACGUUAUGCCAAAGAACAUCCAGAUGUAAGAUUCGUUCGGAAAAACAAAGCAAAUCGUGGUGUGUCAAUAGUGACAGUAGAAGAAAUGAAUUUCACAAGAUCCAACAAUAUUCGCGAAGAGUUUUUUGCCCAAGUAUUUGUUGAAGAUCCUUAUCUUAUCAAUGGCCACAAAUUCGACUUAAAUAUGUAUGCUGGAAUUUCUUCUAUUGAUCCAUUGCGGGUUUAUUACUACGAUAAAACUUACAAUUUGAGAUUCUGUGAGAAGCCAUACAACCCAAACAACUUUGACGAUCUUGACACGUAUGUGAUCAGUGACAAUUAUAUUCCCGGCUUAGAAUUUCCGGUGAUAAGAAAGUACACCGAUCAUGGCUAUCUUGCCAAAGAAGCGCUUCAUUUAUAUUUCAUUGAACAGGGAAUAAAUCCAAAAAUCAUUGUUGAUCAGAUUGAAGAUGCCAUAAGUUCGAUAGUCUUACAAAAGGCACACAGAAUUUUAGAAAAAGUUGAAGAGCAGAAAGCAGCAAAUGGAAAAAAUCAUUUCAUUGAACUUGUUCGAUUUGAUUUUAUUCUCGACGCGAAACUUAAACUUUACUUGAUGGAAGUCAACAUGAGUCCAAAUCUACAAGCACAUCCAAAAAUGAGAGCACACAAACCAAUUUAUGAAAAUCUCGUUUACAAUUUUCUUAAUCUUGUUGGUAUUGGAACGACUGUCAGUGACAAGAAUGUAGGACAAUUCACAGAGGAUGAAUCUAGCUUCGUUUUGAAUGAUCACAGCAUCAGUGUAACACCUGAUAUAUGUUUGAACAGACCAUGCAACGAAACUUGUGGCUCCAGUCAAUGUGAUCUUUGUAUGAAUUGCAUGUCGGACAGCUUUAAAUAUGACUUGAAAUUGGCUUUCUGGGAGCACAUGAACAUGGGCGAAUUUAAACGAGCUGUGCCACCUCCCAAUAUUAACUUGUUGGAAACAAAUUCAAUUUACUGGAAAAAUCUUUCCCCAACUAACACAUUAUACGCUAAAUGGCUGAUUGAAAUGUGCAAGAAAAACAGUCAAUUCUGUUAAAAAAAUGACUGCAAUGAAAGCUUGAAAAGUUUAGUUAUUUAGUGCUGAUAUAACAAAGUUCUGUAUGUAUUUGAAAAAAAAUUUAUGUUGGGAAUAAAAACCUCUAGAAAAUAAAA